AUGAAUGGACAAAAAAAGCCGGCGGAAAUUGAUUAUGACGACCCCAAAUAUAGAAUUACUCCGACCCAACAGGCAUUGGCUUCUUGUAGUGGGGCCUUGUUGACAUCCCUUAUAAUGACUCCCUUGGAUGUAGUAAAAAUCCGUUUGCAAACCCAACAAAAAGCAUUGAACAGUUGCUUUCUAUAUUGCAACGGAUUGAUGGAUCAUAUUUGUAGCUGCCAACCGAUGGAUCCACGAAAUCCUUGGUACAAACGACCCAGUCAUUUUAAUGGAACAAUAGAUGCUUUUAUUCAAAUAAGUAGAAACGAAGGUAUAACGUCGCUGUGGAGCGGUUUAAGUCCCACUUUAGUAUUAUCAAUACCAGCAACAAUAUGUUAUUUUGUUACUUACGAACAAUUACGCUUAAAACUGAAAACCAGAUACAAUAAAAAUAAAUCAUCUACUGAAGCCGUCAAGCAACCUUUUUGGAUUCCUCUUGUGUCUGGAGCAACUGCUAGAGUAGUUUCAGUUACUCUUGUUAAUCCUUUAGAGUUAGUUAGGACAAAAAUGCAAUCACAAAGGUUGAGUUAUUUAGAGAUAGGUGAAGCUUUAAAAAACCUAAUCAGAACAGAUGGCGUUGUAGGACUUUGGCGAGGAAUAUUUCCAACACUUUUAAGAGAUGUACCAUUUUCAGCAAUUUACUGGAUGAGUUACGAAACAAUAAAAUCUUAUUUGGAUGCUGAUCACCCCUCAUUUUCACAAAUUUUUAUUAGUGGAGCAAUUUCCGGCAGUAUUGCAGCUACAAUUACUGUUCCUUUUGAUGUAGUCAAGACGCAUCAGCAAAUCGAAUUCGGAUCGAAUCUUUUUGACGGUAACAAUGGCAAAGGUGCGAAAGGAAAAGACAGAACUUCAAUGAUGAUUUUCCGGGACAUUUACACGCAGCAUGGUAUUAGGGGUCUUUAUACCGGAUUGACACCGAGAUUGAUAAAAGUAGCACCGGCUUGCGCUAUAAUGAUUUCUUCGUUUGAAUAUGGCAAAGUGUUCUUCAACAGAUCCGAAGAAUUUGAUGGACCCGUGAUUUCACCCUCUGAAAAUGCAGUGGUUUACGAUAUAAAUCUUAUAUUGGCUAGUGUGGUAUAA